AUGAUGAACUCUCGCCCGUACGCGCAGUCUCCAAAAUCUCCUAUAUCCGUGGUUGAUACGACAACGGAUAUUGUUAAUGGACAAGGAGAUGAUAGUCCAAGUGACUUGUUGAUGCACGAGCCAAGUCUGAGGGAUUUGGGCCAUCUGUACCUGACCUGGUGUCAUAAUCAGCCUCUUGCCAUGUUCAACAAGGAUACCUUUGCAGAGUCUCUACCGGAGCGAGACCAUGAGUUGAUCCUCGCAUUGCAAGCGCUGGCCUUCCGAUUUCCCCCAGGCUCACUCACGCCCCAACGCUGCGAACAGCUUGGCUCAAUGGCUAAAGAAGCCAGAUACAUAGCCAUAAACCGAGUGACUGAUGGGCAAGUUGGUCCUCCUGAUCGAGUAUUAGCUGUCAACGGCACCUAA